UACAAUUCCCGAAUGUGAAGUUCUUACGCAAAAGUGGCGUCAAAAAGGACAACGCUGUUAUUUGGUAAAAGUGAGUGUCAGCUGGACAGCUUUUUUUGAAAGACGCGCUGAAAGUCACCGGAUAUUGAGCCGAGCACGGAUUGAUGCCAAGAAAGGAUGAAAGCGCAUGGUGAUGGUGUGUUGUUGGAAACCAGUACAGGUAGUUCAGACGGAGAGUCGGCGCCGACCGCAGCUUGGGGAAACGCCAGCAAACUCUGCGACCGGUGUAAGUUAGGACAACUUCGCUGGCUCGGGAUCAAGUAGUGCGGUGGCGAGGUGGGGCUGGUGGCAGUGAAAUAUUUAGCCCAGGGUUCAUGGGUUAAAGAGAGCUAGUCACACCACUUCUGCUUUUUCCAUUACCGUCCCAUUCUGCACCGACUUUUCACCCCUUAUUUUGCUUCCCUCGUGCCCAACCCGCCCACACCCCGACCUAUACAGUUAAUCAACGUCGGAGAUUGGCUAGUGAAAGGCUGUCUGUAACCCGAAACUUCUUUUACUUGCUCUUGCGCUCAUUCUUAUCUCUUUUUUUGGUGCGAGUACACGAUGCUACUUUCAAAAUUCAACUUUGAUAAAAUGACAAAUCAGUUCAUCUGCUUCUAUGGCGGACGGAUAGCCACAUAUCAUACUUCUACAUUCGCCGAUGGUCCCAAAGCCUGAGGCAUUGAGAUCACGAAAGAGAAGGAAAAGGGCCUCGAGGGGAUCCAGCAAGCUGAGCUUAUAACCAUCAUGGAAGAAUGGUGUCGAUGGCAUUAUCUGAAUGAUGACACAAUUAAUCUGUUGAAACAUCGUGGUCUUUUCACAAUUGAAGGCAUAAAGAGCCUGAUAAUGAAUGACAUUGAUAACCUAAAUAUAAGCAUGGGUCAGAAAACAAUACUGCGGCAUCUACUGCGCUCAGAAAAUGCUCAGUCAUGGAUGGAGAAAAUCAAGAUUCCACAAGAAGAUGAUAUUGAUUUUGGAUGGAUUCACUACAUAACUGAGCUCUUUAUUUUGUGUGAUGGUUGCGGGGAAGACCCAAUUAGAGGUGCCAGAUUUGUCUGUACUCAGUGUGACAAUUUUGACUACUGUUCUUCAUGCUUUCACACAAGAAGUCAUAAAGACCAUUUAUUUACCAGGAUUGAUUGCCCAGGCUCAAAACCAUCCUAUGCUGGAAGAUCAGGAAGCAGAUUAUCCAAAGGGGAAAAAAAUCACUGACUCAAGUAUUUAAGAAAAUUUGCUGCCUCAG